AUGGAAGCGUUGAUGUCACACAUUCUGCUGACCGCCCGAAAUAAACUCACGCUACAAGAAGACGACACUCCACUUAAUCUGAGCCUCAGAAAGAACGAGAUCCACACUUGCGAGAGCUUCGUUCAGUUCGAGGAUCUCCGCAACGAGACACUUGAACCAUAUGACGCCUGGGAGACGACCGUUUUUGAAAACAGUGAUAGGUCUUCCGUCAGUGAUGACAGCAUCUGCAUCAAACGUACAGAAGUCACCCCGUCUGGAUCACAUCCAUUUUCCAUCGAAGCCAUAUUGCGAGACACCAAGCCGAGUCCAACCGGAAGCUCUUCUCCUGCAGUGAUUACAAGUGCGUUCUUUCCAAAUCCUGACUUCACUUAUAGGGUUUCACAGCGUGGCACGACGGAGCGUCUGGUCUCUGACGUUUUCUGGUGUCACGUGUGCCAUGCAUUCUGCAUGGACGCUAUUGAUGCACAUAGCCACUAUACGAUACACAAGUUAGAGCGAGCCACUUGUAAUCUCCGAAAGUCGCUUCACGCCGUUAACGGGUUCGUCACUCGCCACAUGCGACUUAACGAAGAGAAGAUCCAAUGCAGCCUCUGUGACAGUGCCGUAUCAACGUGCUAUUUUACCAAACACCAGCGUCUCCACAACGCCCAUAUCUGUGGCGUCUGCCGGAAGGAGUUUUCAACAAGCAGCCGCCUGAAGGAUCACAUGAACGUCCACCUGGGAGCAACACCUUUUGCGUGUACCAUUUGCGACCGGAAGUUCUCUAAAAGGUCUUCCCUGACGCAGCACUACCGCUACCACAGGGACCACCGUAGUUUCAAAUGCGAAUACUGCUCAAAGAAGUUUAACAGCAAGUACGCAUGUGCGGUUCAUGAGAGACUCCACACGGGGGAUAACCCAUUUCGGUGCUCGGUUGCUGGAUGCGGAAAGAGUUAUCCCCAGAAGAUCCAACUAAAACUUCAUCUGUGCUCCCACAGAUAG